UCGCGACCUGCAAAUUCUGGCCCGAGCGAGCUGGUCCAGGGUCUGAGGACUAGAAGCAGCUGUGGCAAUGUUGCGGUGUGGCUCCCGGCGCCUUGGCUGUCUGCGUGCCGCUCUCCGGUCCCAGGCUCACCACCGGAGCGUCACCUUCUGCAUUGAUCCUUCCUUGGGACUAAAUGAAGAACAGAAAGAAUUUCAGAAAGUGGCCUUUGACUUUGCUGCUCGGGAAAUGGCUCCCAAUAUGGCGGAGUGGGAUCAGAAGGAGCUCUUCCCUGUGGACGUGAUGCGGAAGGCAGCGCAGCUGGGCUUUGGGGGGAUCUACGUACGAACAGACGUGGGUGGGUCUGGACUGUCUCGCCUCGAUACUUCUGUCAUCUUCGAAGCCUUGGCCACGGGCUGCACCAGCACCACGGCCUAUAUAAGCAUCCACAACAUGUGUGCCUGGAUGAUUGAUCGCUUUGGAAAUGAGGAACAGAGGCACAAAUUUUGUCCACCGCUCUGUACCAUGGAGAAGUUUGCUUCCUACUGCCUCACGGAACCAGGAAGUGGAAGUGAUGCUGCCUCUCUUCUGACCUCAGCCAAACGACAAGGAGAUCACUACGUCCUCAAUGGUUCCAAGGCCUUCAUCAGUGGGGGUGGUGAGUCAGACAUCUAUGUGGUCAUGUGCCGAACUGGAGGAUCGGGCCCCAAAGGCAUCUCCUGCGUAGUUGUUGAGAAGGGAACCCCUGGCCUCAGCUUUGGCAAGAAGGAGAAGAAGGUGGGGUGGAACUCCCAGCCAACCCGCGCAGUGAUCUUUGAAGACUGUGCUGUCCCUGUGGCCAACAGGAUUGGAAGCGAGGGGCAAGGCUUUCUCAUCGCCAUGAAAGGACUGAACGGCGGGAGGAUCAAUGUUGCAUCCUGCUCUCUUGGGGCUGCUCAUGCUUCAGUUAUCCUUACCCAAGAGCACCUAAAGGUCCGGAAGCAGUUUGGAGCACCUCUAGCCAGAAGCCAAUACCUGCAGUUCCAGUUAGCGGACAUGGCCACCAGGCUGGUUGCCUCCCGGCUGAUGAUCCGUACUGCCGCAGUGGCUUUGCAGGAGGAGCGGGAAGAUGCAGUGGCCCUGUGCUCCAUGGCCAAGCUCUUUGCUACAGAGGAAUGCUUCACUCAGAUCUGCAACCAGGCUUUGCAGAUGCAUGGGGGCUAUGGCUACCUGAAGGAUUAUGCUGUUCAGCAGUAUAUGCGGGACUCCAGGGUCCACCAGAUCCUAGAAGGUAGCAAUGAGGUGAUGAGGAUGCUGAUCUCUCGAAGCCUGCUUCAGGACUAGGUCCUAAACUGCAGAGUCUGGCCUGGAGUUCAUGUGCAGCUGCAAUCAGUGUGGAGUACUCAGAUAGCUUGUUCAGUUGCAAGUGGAUCCUGGAGUAGAUUGAAGGGUGUGCUCUUCUGAUAGAGAACCUUUGUGGUCAGCAGUGUGCUGGCUCUGAGAUAGGAACAGGAUUCUCAGUAGAGCUGGAAGGGCCCUGAGGAGCAUGCCAGAAGACUUGCUCUCUUGCUGUCCUCAUUCUGGAAAGACAAGCAGUCAACACUGUGGCUUGGAUUCACACGAUGUGCGUUUCGUUGAUUCUUGUCCUAGGGUCUGGGUCCCUCAAUGAAGCUUUUCCUGAUUGCAUAGGCAGAGGUUGGGGGAGGCAAGUGGACAGCCUCUCUCUUUCUGCUGUCUGUUCUGCACUGGCAGGGUCUCAGGACAGCACUCCUGAACUCAGAUCAUGAUGAAGUAAAUAUGUGGGAAUCUACUGCUAAGCUAUGAAUCAGACAUCUUUACUCUCCCCACCACAUAAUAAAUGUCAAGGGCUAAGAUUAUUUGGAACAUUUGAAUUUUUAUAUGGGCUUUUAUUUCCUCUUUUGGGGCUGCUUCUCUUUUUAAGUACUUUUAUUAGUACCUUGGUAAAUAAAAUCUACCUCUUUCAACUAUAAGCCUUAUAACUAUACUUGAUUUGAUUCAGUAUAUAUUUGAUUCAAUAUUUAAUUGGAUUUUUGAAUAAUUAAAUAUUUGAUUCAAUAUUCAAUUGGAUAUUAGAAUAAUUAGGAAUCUCUUCUAAGGCAGUUUGUCUUUUUAAAAGUACAUCUUUUAAUUAAUUUUGCAAACAAAGCAUUAUUUGUCAUGUAUGGAAGUCUAAGUAUUACUCAAUGAUUAGGACUUUGGGAAAACCCUGCUACAGAUGAUUAUCUAAUCCAUCUUUUGAUGUUAGGAAAGAACAAUGUACAUGAUGUUUUGUUAACCACGGUCACUGAUUAUAGAAAAGGAUGUAUGUCUAUAACUGUAGUAGACAUUUUUUCUGAAUGCU